GCGCGCGUCGAACGGGAGCCUGGGCAGCCGCUGUGGCCAGCGGACGCUCAGCGCCGGGCCGAGACAAGGGGAGGGGGAAACCGGGAUCCCGGAGCUACGUCACCGGGGGGGACCCCGAUUACCAAGGAGCCCGGGGGUCCGAAGCAGCGUCACUGCGGGGACCCGGUUACCAAGGAGACCGGGGGCCCGGAGCUACGUCACUGCGGGGACCCGGUUACCAAAGGGACCGGGGGCCCGGAGCUACGUCAUCGCGGGGACCCUGUUGCCAAGGAGCCCGGGGGCCCGGAGCUACGUCACUGCGGGGACCCGGUUACCAAGGAGACCGGGGGUCCGGAGCUACGUCACCGCGGGGACCCCGCUGCCAAGGAGACCGGGGGUCCGGAGCUACGUCACCGCGGGGACCCGGUUACCAAAGGGACCGGGGGCCCGGAGCUACGUCACCGCGGGGACCCUGUUGCCAAGGAGCCCGGGGGCCCGGAGCAGCGUCACCGCGGGGGCCCCGUUGCCAGCAAGGCCUGGGUUCUAGAGCCGUGUUGCCAAGGCGACCGGGGGCCAUGCCCGCCAGCCUCGCUGCCCGGGGGGCCGGGGGGCUCUAGCGCUGCGUUGCUAGGAGACCAGGGUCCUAGCGCCGAGCAGGAGGGGUCGGGGCGCUAGAGCUGCGCAGACAGGUUGCCAUGCCGACCAGGGCGUGAGUUCUAGAGCAGCGUUGCCAAGAGACGCGCUGUUCCGGAGCCGCUUUCCCAUGGGGGGGUUCUAGACCAGCGUUCGUGAGAGGCUCUCGAUCCUGAGGGCAGAGCUAGAGACACGGGGGGGGGCGGUUCUGGAGCUCUGUCAGCAAGAGGGGGGUCUAGAACCGCCGAGGGGCAGUGGGUCUGGAGCUGGGAAAGGGCCCUGCCAGGCUCCAGAACUGCGUUGCAGAGGAAGGCAAAGGGGAUCCAGAGCUGGGGAAGGGGGAGGCGUCCAACCUGUCCCUCUCUCUCUAUCUCAGCCUCCAAGCCCCCCAUGCUUUGGCUCCCCUGAGCCCACGGGGGGGCCGGUAGCGGGGUCCCCCCACCCCCUGCAGGGAGCCAGUGCACUUUAGCAGCAGCCAGGGCGGGGAGACGAUGCCGUGAGCUGUUGUGUCGUCAGCUAGAUAACGAGGGAGGUAACGGGAGGGAAUUAAUCCCCUCCCCACACACACCCGGGGCAGGAGAGGUUGGGGCAGGUCUAGUGCCCGCAGCAGGAGCUGGGUAAAUUUCCAGCCACUGCUACCAUGAGUUGCUCCGGUCUCAGCCAGUAAACUUUUCAGAGAAGAAUAGAACCCAGGAGUCCUGGCUCCAAGCCCCCCCGUUCUAACCCACUAUACCGCACCCCCUCCCAGAGCUGGGAUAGAACCCAGGAGUCCUGACUCCCAGCACCCCCUCCCCAAUGCUGGGGAGGGGGAGCCGGCCAUGCCGUCUGAGGCCCUGCCCUGCUUCCAGCUGCUGCGGAUGGGCCCAGCCUGCCCGGGGGAUGACCCGAACCGGGACCUGCACACCUUCCGGCCAGCUGGGCCGCACUGCACCUACCGGCUGGGGCGCCGGGCCGAGGUCUGCGACGUCCCCCUGGUGUCGGAGCGCAACCCGGGGUUGGUGUCCCGCAUCCACGCUGAGAUCCACGCCGAGAGGGACCCGCACAGCACCGCCGGGGAGUGGCGGGUCUGCCUGGUGGACUGCAGCACCCAUGGCACCUACGUCAAUGCGGUGCGGGUGCCCCGGGGCCGGCGCCUGGAGCUGAGCGACGGAGACCUGGUCACCUUCGGCCACCCGGACCCUGUGCCUGAGGGCUGCGCCCUGGCACCCCCGCCUGACGACUCGGAGUUCUGCUUCCUCUUCCAGAAGGUACGGGUGCAACCUCAGGAUUUCGCCGCCAUCACGGCCCCCAAGGCCCCCUGGCCGCUCCCCUGCGGCUUCAAACCCGUGCUGCCUGGCGGCAACCAUCGCAUCCGCCCACUAGCCCGGCCCGCGGGGCCCUCUCGCCCUUCCCGCCCCAAGGCCACCCUGAUCCUCAGCUCCAUCGGCAGCCUCAGCAAGCUCAAACCACAGCCGCUGACUUUCACCCUGAACCGGGGUCCGAGGUCGGAGCCUCCCACCCGGCCCGGGGCCUCCAGGAGCCGUCGGAAGUCGGCCCACACGCUGCUCCCCGAGCUGGAGGAUGAGGUGACCCGGCUGGACGAGGAGCCGUGGGCUUGUGAGCCGGACGGAUACAGCUGCCAAAGCCCACUGCGGAAGGCGCCGGAAGGGGCGGGGAGCGGCAGGGCGCAGCCGGAUGCGCGACUGAAGGUCCAGGUCACGCCAAGCGGGAAGCGGCGGGGGCGGCCGCGGAAGCACCCGCUGCGUGACACCUGCCAGGUGUUCUCGCAGACGCUGCUGACGGCGGAGCCCUGUGCGGCCCCGCGCUGCCGCCUGCCCCAGGACGAGACGGUGCAGUGGGUGCAGUGCGACGGCUGCGACGCCUGGUUCCACGUGGCCUGCGUGGGCUGCAGCUACAGCGCCGUCCAGGAGGCCGACUUCCGCUGCGGGGGCUGCCGCACGUAGCCGCGGGGCAGGGGAGCACGGGGCGGCCAGGAGACCGGAGACUGUGCAAGAUGGGCAGGGAGUGGUGAAACCGGGCCAGGCGAUUGUGUGAGCACACGGGCAGUGACUGGUGAAACCGGGCCAGGCGAUUGUGUGCGCGCACACGGGCAGUGACUGGUGAAACCGGGCCAGGCGAUUGUGUGCGCGCACACGGGCAGUGACUGGUGAAACAUGACACCUUAGAAGGGACUGGUGAAAUCGUGGGAGACCAGCAGUGACUGGUGAAAUUGUGCCAGGCGAUUGUGCAUGCCCAGCGGCUGCUGCCACCAUGCCAGCCAAGUGGGGACUGGGUGAAAACAGCCGAGGAGCCUGAAGCAAGAAACGUAAGCCGGGCACGUGGCUGGCGAUGGAAACAAGAGAUGCCCGACUCGUGACUUGUGCAAAAGUACAAAGACGAUUGUGCAAACCUGGGAGCCGAGCACAUCCCCCUGGGCUGGGAUUUCUGUUCCCCUACAGGGAAUGGGACACGGGGCCUUUCCUCUCUACGGGGCACCGGCUCCACAAUCCAGCCCCAGCGCACAUGAGCUGUGGCUUGUGAACAUGUGCCCGGUGGGGUGAGAGCCAAUGGAGGGCCGAUGCCUGAGCAGCGCCUCACACUGACUGUGCCGGGCUUUCGCUCCCAAUUGGGCCGGGCAUUGGCCCGGUGCCUCAUCAGAGCAUUUGGCAGUCGUGCGCAGCAUGGACAUCGAAGCAGCGGCUCGCAGAGACUACACGCGGCCCUUGUGACAAACAAGGCAGCUGUGCAGCCUCGCACGAGGAGGUGACCUGGCCGUUUCCACGCCCACGAGGACUCCAGGAGGGCAUCCAAGACACGCACACCCCCGUGCGAUUGAUUCGUCUGCCAGCCUUUACACCUCAUUCCCUUCCUUCUUUCCGUAGCAGCCGCUUCUCCCUGCGCCUGGAUUUCCCCGUGCGAAUACACCCAGUCAUCAUGGCAUCCCACGGAGCCGCUUCCCGCUCCCUUCUUCCUUCCAGGGGAGGGGAGACGGAAAAGAAGGGAGUGAAAACGCACCGGAAAGGCCAGAAAAACUGGAUUUUUCAGCCUGUUCCUAAAACGGGGUUCUUCUUCCUAUUCCUAAACCGGACCUUUCCCACCCACUACGCUGGUGAAUGGCUCCCCCCGCCCCGCCGCGGGCAGAGACGCGGAUCCACCUCUCCCCUCGGUUAUUUUUUCCUUCUUUUGCUCUGGCACCAAAAAAAAAAAGGGAGGGGGGGUUUUCUAACGGA